GUCGUAAAAAGUUGAGUUAAACUUUGGGACGGGAGUGAAGUUCGGGCAGCACCAACAAGAGCUAUCGAACUGGCCGAGGCAAAGAGAAAGUACAGUUCUUAUUACUUUUCUAAUGUAAGGAUACAUUUUAGUGUUUAAAAAACAAAUCUAACUCUUUCAGAAUUGUUUUAACGCGAGUUUGACCGCAGCAAGGUGAUAACUAUUUUGUUUUUCCACACAGGGUUUAUGACCGUUUAAAGAGAGCUCAAGGUUUGAUAUCUCUCUUCGCCUCGAAACGUUUUCGUUUUAUAUUUUCUGUAUUGCGUUGUAACUUUUCUACGAAGCCAAAAUGAGCAACCCACUGCAGCCAAUGCCAGGACAACAAGUUAUCCAUGUCGCUCAGGACUCUGAUACGGAUCUUGAGGCGCUUUUUAAUUCGGUUAUGAACCCGAAACCCAGUUCAUGGAGGAAAAAAAUGUUACCCGAGUCUUUUUUCAAGGAGCCAGAUUCUGGAUCUCACUCCCGACAGUCGAGCACUGAUUCGGGCAGCCACCCGCCCAGGCUCACCGUACAACACGUACGGUCACAUUCCUCGCCCGCGUCCUUACAGCUUGGAUUGGGAGCCAAUUCAACUCCAAGCCCAGUACAUCACUCGCACAUCCGGCACCAGUCUUUCGAUGUUGCCGAAGAGUUGCCCCUGCCUCCUGGAUGGGAAAUGGCCUACACGUCAACUGGACAGAAGUACUUUCUCAAUCACGUGGAGAAGAUCACUACUUGGCAUGACCCUCGUAAGACCAUGACGGCCGCCAUGAAUCAGAUGAGCCUCCACGCCCCACCCUCCGCCACCCCACAGCAACGCAACAUGGCCCUGUCCCAGCCCAACCUCGGAGAGCUACCUGAUGGCUGGGAGCAGGCUGAAAACCCUAGUGGAGAAACCUACUUCAUUGACCACAAAACACACAGAACGUCUUGGCUCGACCCGCGUGUGGAUGCUCGCCUCAUGAUGUCCCAACACCAUCACCAGCAGCAACUGCAACACGCCCAGCAGCAGCAGCCCCAACAGGCCCAAGCCUUGGGCUCACCUGGCUCACUCCCCCAGCAGCAGAGCUCCCAGGCUGGGAUGAUGAGCCUGUCCAGUCCCCUGGGCGUGGGGGUCAGUUCCCAGCACCAGCAGAAGAUGAGGCUGCAGCGCAUCCAGCUGGAGAGGGAGAGGAUCCAGAGACGACAGGAGGAGCUCAUGAGACAGGAGGUGGCGCUGUGUAGACAGCUGCCCAUGGACUCGGAGAGCAUGGCACCAGUGCCCACCCCCGGUGGCAAUCCUGCCCAGUCCAUGACACAGGGCAACAUGCCCACCAAUGGAUCCGACCCCUUCCUCAACAGUGGUCACUUCCAGCACUCACGGGAGCAGAGCACAGACAGUGGCCUGGGGCUGGGCUGUUACAGCAUCCCCACCACCCCAGAGGACUUCCUUAAUAACAUGGAGGAGAUGGACACAGGUGAGAGCAUGGCUCAGGCGGGCAAUAUGAACGUGCCCCAGCACAGCCGCUUCCCGGACUUCUUGGACUCGCUGCCAGGCACCAACGUGGACCUGGGAACCUUGGAGGGAGCAGACCUCAUCCCCAUCCUCAACGACGUGGAGUCAGUCCUCAACAAGAGCGAGCCCUUCCUCACUUGGCUGUAAACACACACACACACACACACUUCUAUACACAUAUAUUCACAGCCAUACAAGCAGGAUGAAAGACUCACUCCACAUAUCUAAAGACUACGUUUUGCUACUUUUUCAAAUCAGCAUUAUCUCUUCUUCCCACUUCUCCAUGUGUACAGUAAUAUUAUGCUCUGUCUGUCUAACCUCUGUCUGCCAGACCACAUAUCGUCAAUCUGAGUUCAGUUUUGGAUCAAAGAUCGAAUAUUAAUCAAAGCCUUGAGAGAACAAAAGCAAAUCAAAACAUGACACGUAUUAAAGUAUACUUCACUAUUGAAGUUACUGUAUGGUAAACUAACAACGUUAGUACUUUUGGUUUUGUAUGUUCUAUAAGACAUCCUCCGAUAACCCACUCUGGUUUUGGAAUCACAAUUGAUUAAAGCAAUUCCACAGCUUUCCUUUCUUUCUUGGGGUGACUUUCUAUGUGGAACAAGUACUUGGUGAAAAUCAAUACAUUUGGCUUCCAAUGGUAUUGCUUUGACGUGACUGUCAAAAUGUAUGCAGGGAGUCUUUUUCACCACUAGGUGGAGCUAUUGCUUAACUUACUGCAGUUAUGAAAUGGAUCUUUACUGGCUACAAGGUUGUCCAGUCUGUAGGUUCUUUGUAUAAAGUGGACCUCGUUUGGCAACAGCAUUGUAAACCUUCUUCUAUAUCACCAACAGUAUCCUAACUGUCAGUUUGGGUUAGAAUAAGAAACCCGAUUUGGCUUUGUUACUGUUGCUUCUGUUCACAAAGACAACCAUCUUGGAUUCACUUAUAUAUCAGCGUUAGCGGCCAUGAGAGCAAAGUGUGUUGUAUACCAAAUAAUGUUUCCUGUGGUUCGCUACAAUGUCACUACAAAAGCUUUAAAACUUUAAAAUUGUAUUGUUUGAUUUUUUUUUUUUUGUAAACAUUGUUUUUUGUUUUUUGUCAUUUUAUUAAUUGUACUCAAGCUGAUUCCAAUAUAGUUAUUAUAACACUAAAAGCUCAUGCCUCGGUUAUGCGAUGACGUGCAUACGUAGAAUUGUGUUUUAUACCAUGUACUUUUUAUAUCGUGCUACAAGUAUUAUUUUUUCUUUUACUGUAAAAUAGCCCAGAUGGGUUCUUUGCAUCUGGUGCCAUUGUAGGACCUAUAAUAUAAAGUUAGCAUUUUUAGUAUUUAUCAUGAGCUAUGUCUCUUACAUUUUGAUUUUUUUUUUGUUAAUGCAAUUGAGAUUUCAAAGCACUGCAAAUCAGCAAGGGAUUCAAAGAUAUCUGAUCAUGAAGUGAAUGUUGAAGUUAGAUGAUCACCAGAAGCUCCCACUAGACGUUUUGGUUCAAUGUGCGUUGAGGCUUGAUAAUCCUUCAUAAGCAAACUCUGUCUUUGGUCCUCAGUUGGGCCGGUUUGAAAACCCAAAGGAUAACUUUUCUAAUAUCUGUUCUGCGGGGAAAUAUGCAACAAUAGUAUUUUAUAUGGCCUUUAAUGCGUUUUUAAAGGAUUUUUACUGGAUUGUGAGAUUGGAUUGACAUGGGGUUGGCAUUAUGAUCUUGUUUUAACAUGCCAGCCCCUCAGCACAAUCUGCUCUAAUCUUUUUUUCUACAUUUGCCUCAGUUUUUGUAUUUGCAUGUUGAAUGACAUAUUUGUUAUUCUUAGCGUUAGGUUUUCUAUAGCCCGACCUUAUAUUGUGACUAUACUGAGUCUGGUUACUGUGUAGAACGUUAGGACUGACAAGGCGAGAAAGUGAUGGAUCCUGGGAAGGGGCAAUGAAUCGAUG